AUGUCCGACAAAGACGUUAAUCCAAGCAAAUAUUGUGAAUUGAGAAGUAUCUACGGAUACUAUAUUGAUUCAUACAAUGCAUUGUAUCAGCUAAAAACGGAAAAAGAAGACGAAUUAAACAAGAUUUACAAAAUGAUCAAAACAGAAUUGAUUGAUUCAAAGAAAUAUCCACCUCAAAUAAUUAUGAACAAUAUUUUAAAUAUCAUUCCGUACAACAAUCGCUAUGCAAAGUCAUAUUUAUUUCUUGCCAAACUCAUAUAUGAUGAAUAUCAUGUGGAAGAAGUCAACGAUCUCAUGGAUAUUUCAAAUAUUCUGUUUUAUAAAGAAUAUGGAAUUAGAUUAGGCAAAUCAGACAAUUUCGAAAAAAUUAACUCAAAAAAUCUCGAUAUUCAUACAGAAAAUACAAUUUACAGAGCAAUUAUGUAUAAUGACUUAGAGCGAUUCAUCACAUUCACCCAAAGAGAUGGAUUUGAUAAAGAUCAAAAACUUAAAAGCAAUUUAUAUCCAAUUUAUUAUAAAGAUUAUACAUUACUUGAAUUAUGUUGUUACCACGGAGCAGUUGAUUGUUUCAAGUUCUUAAGAACGAAAUUUGACUCAAAAAUAACUAAAAAAUGUCUAGAAUUUUCAUUUUUAGGAGGAAAUCCGGAGAUCAUGAGUGAAUGUUUGAAAUAUCAAACACCAAAUAAAGACUGCAUGGAAUAUGCAAUUAUUUCACACAACAUUGAUUUUGUUACAUUCUUGGUGAAUGAAUACAAUAUAGAGAUCGAUUUAAAUAAAUGCGGAAUUUACAAUAAUCUUGAAUCCUUUUUAGUAUAUUUCGAUCAAACUAAUGAUUUUAACAAAUGCUUUGUUUAUUCACCGAUUUUUAAUAUUCCAUCCCUUUUGGAAUACUUCCUUUCACAUGAUGCGUAUAUCAAUAAAAAAAAAUAA